CCCACAGUGCCCCGUGUCUCCAUCCUGUUCCGCCACCAUCCCACACUGCCCCGCGCUCCUCCAUCCCCUCACGCCGCCACUAUCCCACAGUGCCCCGUGUUCCCUCCCCAUCCUGUUCCGCCGCUAUCCCACACUGCCCCGCGCUCCUCCAUCCCUCACGCCGCCGUUCUCCCCCAGCGCCCCGCGGCCCCGCGCAGCCAUGGCGUACCGCGGGCAGGGCCAGAAGGUGCAGAAGGUGAUGGUGCAGCCCAUCAACCUGAUCUUCCGCUACCUGCAGAACAGAUCCAGGAUCCAGGUGUGGCUCUACGAGCAGGUGAACAUGAGGAUCGAGGGCUGCAUCAUCGGCUUUGAUGAGUACAUGAACCUGGUGCUGGACGAUGCUGAGGAAAUUCACUCCAAAACCAAAUCCAGGAAACAGCUGGGUCGGAUCAUGCUGAAGGGAGACAACAUCACCCUCCUGCAGAGCGUCUCCAGUUAGGGGCUGCAGCUGGGAAUGGGAUUGGGAUCGUGGAGAACGGGAUGGGAACCGUGUUUUGUAGCUGGGGCUUUUCUUUGGGGAAUAAAAUGGGGUUUUGUAACUAAA